AUGAACGACAAGGCAGACUUCAGAAUAUCCGCCAUGGUCGCGAAUGAAAAGAAAGUCGAUAGUAGUUUAAAAUCUCAUAGAAAUCAAUGGUUGAUCUUUCGAGGAGUCCGCAAUACGGCCGUGCGCCGGAACGGGAUGAUUAACGACGCGGCCAAUCAAUCGAUUUCACGAGCCGCUCCAACCACCGCUGCGCUGCUGGGGUUCGCCCAGUUAGGGGAGGAAAGCCCGAUUGAGGAAGAGUUUGGAAAGAAAAACGGGGAAAAACUAGGGAAGAAGAUCCUCUACACGAAACAGCUGAUAAAUCAUCGCAUUAUAGAAGCCGAUGCAAUCGACCUUGGCAUUGGCACAGUGCCAAGAAAACAGCACCGAUAG